CUUGGACAUUCUUUAGUCCUUUACCCUCGGUCUUUAUUCUGGAAGAGGCUGUUUAACAUCCCCUUCCUUCAUACAACCUCAUUCUUUUGAGUCUGUUUGUUUUUUCAUCUCAUACCCGCCAAAAAAAAAAGGACCGCAUAAUGUCUUACAACGGUGGCUAUCAGCGCGACCAGCGCGACUCCUACCGCUCCAGAAACGGCGGUAGUGGUGGAUACUCGAAUGGCUACUCUAACUCCAACGGCUACUCUGGUAGUGGUGGUGGUAGUGGUGGCUAUGGAGGUGGUUACGGCGGUGGUGGCUACGGCGGCGGCUAUGGCGGAAGAGGUGGUGGUGGCGGCGGUGGUGGUGACCGGAUGUCCAACCUCGGCGCUGGCUUGAAGAAGCAAGAAUGGGAUCUGGAUUCUUUGCCUAAGUUUGAGAAGUCUUUCUACAAGGAGCACCCCGAUGUCGCCAACCGGUCUCAGCGCGAUGUUGAUGAUUUCCGUAAGAAGUUUGAGAUGUCUGUGCAAGGAAGGAACAUCCCUCGUCCCGUCGAGACCUUCGACGAGGCUGGCUUCCCCCAAUACGUGUUGAGCGAGGUUAAGGCUCAGGGUUUCGAACGCCCUACCGCCAUUCAGUCUCAGGGAUGGCCCAUGGCUCUUUCUGGUCGUGACGUUGUUGGUAUUGCCGAGACCGGUUCCGGAAAGACUCUGUCCUACUGUCUUCCUGCUAUUGUCCACAUCAAUGCCCAGCCCCUUCUUGCUCCUGGUGACGGCCCGAUUGUUCUCGUCCUCGCCCCUACCCGUGAACUGGCAGUCCAGAUCCAGACCGAAAUCACCAAGUUCGGAAAGUCGUCUCGCAUUCGCAACACCUGUGUGUACGGUGGUGUCCCUAAGGGCCCCCAGAUCCGUGACUUGAGUCGCGGUGUCGAGGUCUGCAUUGCUACUCCCGGUCGUCUCAUUGACAUGCUCGAGGCCGGCCGCACCAACCUCCGCCGUGUCACUUACCUUGUUCUUGACGAGGCCGACCGCAUGCUGGACAUGGGUUUCGAGCCACAGAUCCGCAAGAUUAUCUCUCAAAUUCGCCCUGACCGUCAGACUUGCAUGUGGUCCGCCACGUGGCCCAAGGAAGUUCGUCAGCUUGCUUCGGAUUUCCUCAACGAUUACAUUCAAGUCAACAUCGGUUCCAUGGAUUUGUCCGCUAACCACCGUAUCACGCAAAUCGUGGAGGUCGUUUCAGACUUUGAGAAGCGCGAUAAGAUGAUCAAGCACCUCGAGAAGAUUAUGGAGAACCGUGGCAACAAGUGUCUCAUUUUCACCGGUACUAAGCGUAUCGCCGACGAAAUUACUCGCUUCCUCCGUCAGGACGGAUGGCCAGCACUUUCUAUUCACGGUGACAAGCAGCAACAAGAAAGAGAUUGGGUCUUGAACGAGUUCAAGACGGGCAAGAGCCCAAUCAUGGUGGCCACUGAUGUGGCUUCCCGUGGUAUCGGUAUGAUGAAAUUGCGAUUUACCCCCUCCCCAUCCCCUUUCCCCCUUCCUUCCUUGAAAGCACCCUCACCCGUAUUGAGGUUGUGUGACCAUGGCACGGUGCUUAACUCUCUUCCAACGUUUGUUGGCGUAUAUGACUCGUCCAGGCUUUGUCGGGUCUCCUGAAUUGGUUCUCAUGCCAGGAGGACCUUGGACUCACAGUGCAGUGUAGCAGACGUAUUAUUUCUUCUGUUCUGAUUCUCCAUCUCUUCUCUGAACCUCGUUGGUCGAGAGACGGGGUUUCUUCUUGUUCCGACACGUUCAAGCUGCAUUCCAAGGUUGCUCCAGGACCGCGAUUUUUACCA